AUAAAUUUAUUAAGACUAACUAAUCUACCACUAGUAGAUAUGACUUACUGUAGCCAUUAUGACUAAUUAAACUUAAAAAUUUUGUCAUGUAAUUUACAACCAAACUAUCCCCAAAACCCGGCCCAAACGAGCCGGCAGGCGUUCGGGUUCAGACACACGCGAGCUCAACUCUGCGCGCGCCGCCGCCACCGCCGCCGAAAUGCUCCACCUCAAACGGCGCCUCUUCUCGGCUCUCCGCGCCGCGGUUCCACUCCCUCCCGCCUCCCUCCACCGCAUCUGCCUCUCCACCACCGCCUCCGCCACACCACCGGCCGGAUUCCUCGCCGAGGACUACCUCGUCGCCAGCUGCGGCCUCACGCUAGCGCAAGCCCGGAAGGCAUCCAAGUACAUGAACCACCUCAGUUCCCCCGUCAGGCCGGACGCUGUGCGCGCCUUCCUCGUCAGCAUCGGCCUUACCGAAGCCGAUGUCGUUGCCGCAGUCGUGAGCUACCCGAUUCUCCUCUGCUCCAAGGUAGACGAAACCCUAACCCCGCGCGUUGCCCAGCUACGCGAAAUCGGCCUCUCACCUCCCCAGAUCUCCCGUCUCAUUACCGUUGCCCCUGAAAUCUUGGCUAGCUCCGUCAAGAUGUCUCGUCUCGCCUUUUACAUCUCGUUUUUGGGAUCCUACGACAAGGUGCACUCCGCCCUAAAGAACUGCUACUACCUGCUCCGUCAAGACCUUGAGACUGUGGUCAGGCCCAACAUAGCAUUCCUGCGCCAGUGCGGCCUAACUAACUAUGAUAUUGGCCAUCACUGUUUGCUGCGCUCGAGGAUCCUCCUAGCAGAGCCACAGCGUGUGAAGGAAAUUGCUGUGCGUGCUGAGGAGCUUGGGGUGUCAUGCAACUCUAUGGCGUUCAAGCAUGCCCUGGUCACCGUCUACAGCUUAAGCGCAGGGAGGCUGAAUGCAAAGCUCAGUUUCCUGAAGAAUGUUAUUGGAUGCUCUGAGGCUGAGCUGGGCAAUCUGGUGUGCAAGGCGCCUGCAAUUCUAGCACAUUCAGAGAGUAAGCUAGGUCGCACUUUGGAGUUUCUGAAGAUGGAGGUUGGAUUGGAGCCGUCAUAUGUACUGAACAGACCGGCACUUAUCAGUUAUAGCAUUGAGAGACGGCUAAUGCCCCGGCAUUAUGUAAUAAGGAUUCUGAAGGCAAAGGGAUUGUUGAGCAAAGAGAUUGACUUUUACGGCGCGGUCUGUAUAACAGAGGAGAAAUUUUUGGAAAAGUUCAUUCUCCCUUAUAACAAGAGUUUUCCAGGGCUAAUAGAUGCUUAUGCUGCUGCUUGCAGAGGCCGAGUAACCCUCGAACUAUAACUGUGAGAUGUUCACUGGAAAUGUUGCAGGUCUAUUCUGUCUCGCAAAUUGAUGUUGAAUCUGUUUGUGCAGCGAAGAUGUUAUGAUCUUUUCACUUCAGAAGAUAUCUGGUUAUCUGAUCACUCACAUAAACAUUUGACUUUUAGUUGUGGCCAACAAUCCAACCUUUCUAAAUCAGCUGUGCUCAGAAGGCAACGGAACCUUGGAAGAAAGCCUUGUUUUCAGUUUGCAGAGUAUGUCACUGAGAAAACCAUCACGAAGUGAUGCUGUCUUCGAUGUUGUGACAUAGGUAGAUGUCUAAAUGUGUUGCCACAAUUCAAGGUAUUGGGCAAUGGCCCUGACUGUGGGUGGUCUAGUGAUGUCUCAGAUCCAUUGCUUGUCAGUUAAGCGCUUUUGCAACAGUUCUUUGCUUCCUGGUUCAUGUUGGAAUGAGCUUGCACAGGUCAGGUGCAGUGUCAGCUGGUGAGUGACUCCCUAACCACAGUCUGUCUAUAACAAAACCGGGGUACCAUCUCCAAGAUGCAGCUCAAUAUUAGCAUGAAAAAUGGCUUGUAUUGUUCUGUCAUUUCCAUUGUCCAGCUGCUGUUCACAAGACAUCAGUCACGGAUCAAGAAUUCCGAGUCUACCAUACUUGGUUGACAUACAGAUGCAAUUUCUGGUCAUCUGAUUAUUCAUUCCUUUAUUAUGAUUGCGCCUUGGUAUUUCUGAAGAAUUUGGAAGAUCUAGCUUUGGUUCACUGCUAACUUAUUAUGCAGAUAGAUGAUAGAUGAUGAAUCUACUAUGUUUGUACAAGACUAAUGUCAUUCUGGUAGAGUCCUCAAUACAUCUUAAGAAUUAAGACAUUCUGGUAGAGUAUCAGUUUUGUUGAAGCAUCCUUACAUUGGUAUAUGCAGUCUUCUCAUCAAGCUCAAGCGAACAAGGCGUUUGUUUUAGUUUUCACUAUUAUAAAUCCACAUGACAGCUACAAGAGCCAUCGAUAGGCACCAGCUUCGGUACACUUGUACUUGUUAAUCACUGUUCAGUGAGUUGAUUCUGUUAAUAUAUAUGUUUGGACCGUCUUUUUUUUCUGGCAACAGUUGGCAUCGUUGUUCCAACUUAUUUCUUCCCACAAUGCAAGGGCAAGUUGGCAGGGUGCAGAGUUGAUGCUGCCUGUUCACAGGCCGGAUCCCUUUAAGAGGAAAAUGUUUUGCUGC